GACUAGAACCGUUCAGUAUAUAUGUUGGUGAAAAAUAACAAAGACCCAAAAUGAAAUAGUCGAAAUGUGCACAAGUACAUCCGAGUACCGCCGACAUUAUUAUCAAAAGAAAGAAAAAAUAGAGAAUCCACCUGAUCACAUCGAGCUGAGCUCUAUAUAUAUUUAUGUACACCUUCUCUGAAACCCUAACACACUGAAAAGUCUCAAUUAAUUCUCCAAUUAAUUCCAAUUCUAAAUAUAGUAAUAAUGGAGAUCCUCUUUCCAAUUCUUGUUCUUCUAUUCACAAUCUCUCACACACAAGCCAACUCCAAUUCAAACUACACCAACUUCAUCAAAUCCAAAUGCACAUUAAUCUCAACAUACCCUCCCAUUUGCAUAAAAACACUUAUCCCUUAUUCAUCUUCAAUCCAAACUAACACCAUAAAACUGUGUGACACUGCCCUUGACAUAGCCAUAAACGGCGCGAAAAACGCUUCUGAUAUGGUAUCUGAGCUAGGAAAAAAGAAAGGAAUUACAAAAUAUGAAGCUGCUGCUAUUAAAGACUGCAUUACUGAUUUGAAAGAUGCAGUGUAUGAGUUGAAGGAAACACUUGGUGCAAUGAAUCAUCUUAAUGAUACAGAUAAGGAAUUUCAAUGGGAUAAUGCUAAGACUUAUGCUAGUGCUGUUAUAAGUGAUGCAAAUUCUUGUUUGGAUGGUUUUUCUGAUAGGAAAGUGAAUCCUGCUGUGAAGAGUAAGAUUAGUGGUACCAUAACUUAUGUUACUAAACUUGCUAGUAAUGCUUUGGCUUUUAUUAAUCACCUUUACUGAAAAUUUUUAUAUUUUUAAAUAUUAAGUUUUUUUUUUUUUUUUAAUUUGUUGGUUGCCAAAGGCUUUUCUUUUUCUUUUAACGAAAAUGGUCCUUCUCUUUUCUUUUUUUCUUUUUGUUUCGUUUGAAGAAAUAUUGGAACAUUAUGUGCAAUCCGGAUUUUUAGCCACUUAGGUUACGGGUUCGAACCGUGAAAACAGUCAUUAAUGCUUGUAUUACGGUAGACUGUCCACAUUACAUCCUUGUGUACCGGACGCAGGAUAAUGAAAGCUGCUAAUGUAGUAGGGUCCAUACAGGAUAAGUUUUUCAAUGUGAAAGAAAAAAAUACCCGAGCAUGAUGUUUUAAUUUGAUAUAUA